GAAAAUGGCUGCUCUCUAUUGAAAGUGUUCUUUUGCAUUAUCAAUACGUAUUACACUGUUUCCUUGAAUAUUGACAAGAAUGUCUUCAAAUUCAAUGAGAGCUACACGUAUAAAUACUCGCAGAUCAUGUAGGAAAUCAAGGAAAAGGCUACCAUUGCCUGGAAUAGAGGGCGAUGUUGCUAGCGCGGAGCCAGCAGCAGCAUGCGUUGCCCACCCAUCAAGUCCAACACCUAGUCAAACUUCACAUCCAUAUCACUUGCGCCGAACGUCGUUACGGCGGGAUGUUAGUCCAGUAUCAGCGGCAAACACGCCGCGUAAACGGCAGAGGCGGUCAAGGUCGGCACAGGACGAGGCCUCCCAAGGUAGCAGUACGGCUGCAUAUUUUUUACAAUAUGAACUUCCAGAUGAGGUGAUACUAAACAUAUUCUCUUACCUGCUAGAGCAGGAUCUGUGUCGUGUGUCACAAGUGUGCAAGCGUUUUAACACCGUUGCCAAUGAUUCAGAGCUAUGGAAAACAUUGUACCAAAGUGUGUUCGAGUAUGAUCUUCCAUUGAUGAACCCUAAGCCGUGCAAGUUUGAGUUCAUUCAGCCAGAUGAAUCUGAGUACGAAAACCCUUGGAAAGGAAGUUUCAAGUCUUUGUAUCGAGGUUUGCACGUCAGACCUGGGUUCCAUGCCAAAUAUGAAGAAGCUCCAGAAAGGUACAAGGGAAGGCACAUAUCGUUCUUUGAGACGAUAGAAGCAGCGUUUAACGACUCUGAGGAUAUGAAGCAUCCAUUGGUGUUCAUUCACAAGGGCAUGUACAGUGGUGAAUGGCUUAUCAUUGACACAAAUGUGCAACUCAUCGGUGCUGCACCAGGCAACGUAGCGGAACAUGUGAUAUUAGAACGACAAAGUGAAUCUACAAUAAUGUUUGUGGAGGGCGCCAAUCAGGCAUAUCUGGGAUAUGUCACACUAAAGUUCUGUCCAGAUGUGACGUCGUCAGUGCCACCUCACAAACACUACUGUCUAGAGGUGACAGAGAACUGCUCCCCAGUAGUGGAUCAUUGUGUCAUCCGCAGCACUUCUGUCGUCGGUGCGGCCGUGUGUGUGUCCGGCGUCGGCGCCGAUCCAGUGAUCAAGCACUGUGAUGUGAGCGACUGCGAAAACGUGGGACUCUACGUGACCGAUUACGCACAGGGAACAUAUGAGGACAAUGAGAUCAGUAGAAAUGCACUGGCUGGAGUGUGGGUGAAAAACCACGCUAAUCCCAUCAUGAGGCGUAAUCACAUACACCAUGGCCGUGAUGUUGGAAUAUUCACGUUCGAAAACGGGCAGGGUUACUUCGAAGCGAACGACAUCCACAACAAUAGGAUCGCUGGCUUUGAGGUGAAGGCGGGCGCCAACCCGACGGUGGUCAGUUGCGAGAUCCACCACGGUCAGACGGGGGGCAUCUACGUGCACGAGAACGGCCGCGGUCAGUUCCUCGAGAACAAGAUCCACAACAACAGCUUCGCGGGCAUCUGGGUGACGUCCAACAGCGACCCGACGAUCAGGCGGAAUGAGAUUUAUGAUGGGCACCAAGGUGGAGUGUACAUAUUUGGAGAAGGAAGAGGGCUCAUUGAAUACAAUAAUAUAUAUGGAAAUGCACUGGCAGGAAUCCAGAUACGAACUAAUAGCAACCCAAUUGUGAGGCACAAUAAAAUCCACCAUGGCCAGCAUGGGGGCAUAUAUGUGCACGAGAAGGGUCAAGGUCUGAUUGAGGAGAACGAGGUCUAUUCCAACACGCUGGCCGGUGUGUGGAUCACCACGGGAAGCACGCCCGUGCUCAGGAGGAAUAGGAUACACAGCGGCAAACAGGUGGGCGUGUACUUUUAUGAUAAUGGUCACGGAACAUUGGAAGAAAAUGAUAUAUUCAACCAUCUCUAUUCCGGCGUUCAAAUCCGGACGGGCAGCAAUCCUCUGAUCAAGAAGAACAAGAUCUGGGGCGGGCAGAACGGCGGCGUGCUCGUCUACAACGGCGGCCUCGGCGUGCUCGAGUGCAACGAGAUCUUCGACAACGCGAUGGCCGGCGUCUGGAUCAAGACGGACAGUAACCCCGUGCUGCGACGCAACAAGAUACACGACGGCAGGGACGGCGGCAUAUGCAUCUUCAACGGAGGCAGAGGUGUGCUUGAGGAGAACGACAUUUUCCGCAACGCGCAGGCCGGCGUGCUGAUCAGCACGCAGAGCCACCCGACGUUGCGAACGAACCGCAUCUUCGACGGCAUGGCGGCCGGCGUCGAGAUCACGAACAACGCGACGGCGACGCUCGAGGGAAACCAGAUCUUCAACAACAAGUUCGGCGGCCUGUGUCUCGCCAGCGGCGUGUCACCGGUCCUCAAGGAUAACAAGAUCUUUGACAAUCGUAACUCAGUGGAAAAGGCAGUGAAAAGUGGCCAGUGCCUGUACAAAAUAUCCAGCUACACUAGCUUCCCAAUGCAUGACUUCUACAGGUGUCGAACAUGUAACACGACUGAUCGCAAUGCCAUCUGUGUUAAUUGCAUCAAAGUUUGCCAUGCCGGCCACAAUGUGGAGUUCAUCAGGCAUGAUAGGUUUUUCUGUGACUGUGGUGCAGGUACGCUGAACAACUCGUGCCUGCUACAGGGUGAGCCGACGCAAGACACAGACACCCUGUACGAUUCGGCUGCGCCCAUGGAGUCGCACACACUCAUGGUCAACUAGCAGCAGCACCUACGCUCGACGUCAUGUGAGGCGGUGGCAAGGCCAGAGCCUCUCUCUCUCCGAGAAAUAGCACCUCUACUCCUCUAUUCUUCCUCCUCAUUAUCAUCAUCAUCAUCACCAUCAUCGUCAUCAACAUCAUCGUCAUAGUCUCCAUGUUCUUCCUCGUGCCCUGACGGGAGUUUCUUCUCAUCUCUUGUACAUUUUUCACUCAUACACAUGUCAACGAAACCCAUCAAAUGUGGUGACGGUGGUGGUGACGGUAGUGGUGGUAUCGGUGGGAGGUGACAGAAGCAUUCGUGGUCCUCGAUCGUUGGCGUUUCUGUGUACGGGGGGUGAGCGGUCGGUCGCUAGCACGUGGUGGACUCGCGCUGAAAAGAUGCGUUGCUAUGCAGAGAGGAGCACAGCAUGUUGCCGAGUGAUAUUGUGAGGAAGACUUGUACGCUUGCUGGUAUGUUUUCACGUGGACCAAUCUGUCCUGGUCUCUCUUUCUUCCUCUUUCUCUCUCUCUCUCUCUCUCUCUCUCUCUCUCUCUUUGCACGUGUGUGUGUGUUCGCAUGCAUGUUGUGUCACAUUCCUCGUGUUGGUGUACUGUAAAAACGUGAUCUAAUUGUGAAAAUGGAAAAAGUCGAGGUCUUUCUAUUUCCUAUGUAAAUUGGUGCACCAAGACAGUCAUGUUCUCUGCCCGUGUCCACCACAGUUGUACCGGAGUUUAGACGUUGUGUACUCAGAUGGGGGUUAGUGUUUAACACUUACUGCUGUAGUUCGAUUAUUAACACUUAUAACCACGAUAAGCAUAUGCCUUCUAACCCUUAUUGGCCUUCAAAAAAGCUUCCUCGUGAAAUAGUACUUGCAGCUAGCAGCAUGUGAAUCGACAUGCAUUGCGCGACGUUGCAAUGCGAGCUGCAAUGUGAAUAGUAGUGUCUAACCAGGAUGAACAUUUAUAGUCGCAGUAGUAGCAGUACUUCUGGGGCCAGUUGUUUCUUCCAGAUUCCUAUUCCAUUCCACUUCAAUUCCUUUGAUUUCAUUUUGGUUUUAAUUGCCUUUAUCGACUGUUGAGAUGAAACCGAUCUAUCUUAAAGAUGUAUGCUGUUGGUAACUGACCCCCAAAACUAGCCAUGAAUCUGAAGUGAUGCAGCCAGGGGUUGAAUCUGUGUGACAGGUGUAUGAUACCUAUGUGAUUGUCUAGCUCACUGCAGUGGUAUUCACGAUUGGACCAUGGCCUCUUGAACCCUUCUAAUUCAUACGUUUUGUGUUCACUACGUGUGAAUUCUGAGAGCUAGACGAAGUGCUGAUAUGCAGCGUGUGUUUGACUGGCUGGAAGAAAGUGAGGUGACAUUAAGUGGUCUCAUAAAGAAUGUGUGUGUUUACACUACGUGUUAAUAUCACCUUCAAAAUAACAGAGGGGCAGUGCAGUGGCGUGUUUGUGAGACGUGAAUUAGGUACGAGUGUGAGCCGUGCACUUUGGUUCCGCGACGUAGUUUUGUGAUGGUGGGCAUCUAGAGUCUGGUUAUGUUAGAGAUUUUGGUACGUUCACAAUCAGCAGGGUCUUCAAAAUUUUGGUUAAAAACCACCCAAAUAAUUUCUUUACCAUUUUAAUUUACAAUGCCAUGAGCAAACUGUCUCGUGAAAUAGUUGUGUCGUGAUAUUGUGGACUGAUAUACCGUGCAAAUGAUCGUUUGUACCUUUAAAAUGAAAGAGAAACGUGUAAACAGUUCGAUAUAGUGACUGUGAGAUAGACACUUCCACUCCUGGCCAACCUUGUUUCCCCAACAUUAGCAGUUCUUGGUCAAUUUAUUUCAGUGGUGCCUACUAAAAUUGGUUUUUUGAUGGGUUCUUGAAUUCAGGUAACUUUGCAUAACUGGUGAAAAUAAUGUACAUAUUUUAUUACAUAACGUAUAGUGUUGUGCUUACCUAUAGACUGUAUACUCUAGAACAUAAUGUGAAAGUUCCCUUACCGAAGGCAAGCGACGCCUUGCUGCAACUUUUGCUCGCAAGCUGUGCUUUGCACACUUGAUUACUGAUGCUGUGUCAGCGUGGAAUACUGCUAGCUACAGGUCAAUGUCACUAGCGCGCACAGCGGCUGCCGUGGCACGUUGCAAACGCACGAUCGUAGACCUUGCAAAUGUUUCUCACGUUAUUCGCGAUUGCCCAAUGAUAGACGGAGGUCUACCGUGAUCCUUCCGUCGAAGGUAGUGGUAAUGUGUUGUACCGAAGAGGAGCAUGGUGGCUCUAAACAUUGGUUAUGUGGAAAUAAUGUGCGUGUGUCGGUGCAUGCAUGCAUGCAUGCAUGCAUACAUGGGUGGGCAUGGGAAUGUGUGGGUGUGUGUGCAUGUGGGGUGUGCGCGUGUGUCCAUGCAUGUGAUGAUGUGAGUGCGUGUGAGGGUCAGUAUAUAUAGAAGCUAAUCAUGAUUUUUCUGACAAUUUAUUCGGAGACAGCAUCUCGUCUCGUCGUCUAGGUGACUUAUUUUUACAUGAAUAUAUGUAUAUAUAUAUAUAUUCGCCACGUAAUUGGAUGAUAUGAUUUGCGCGAGACCACGUCCAGGGGCUCCUGAUUGAUAUCAGAUAUAAACUGGCACGCUAGCCUGUCCGUGGCGACAAUCGCUUGUUGGCAACAGACGCCGUUAUUGUGACACCUGCGAUGUAUGUAAUAUGUGUUCAUAGCUUAUUGAUUGGAUAGGCCAUUUAUCAAAGUAUGUAAUUUUUUUUCUGCCCAGGUUAUCGAUUCGUUUACUUUUCUUUAUCAUUAUUCUAGCCGAGCUUGUUUUGUUAUUGUCCUCGAUUUUCUCUGGCCGAUUUAAUGACUGCCACUGUCUGCACGUUGUCCAUUUUAAAUAUAUCAGUUCGUUGUUAUUAUUAGUUUCAUUUGUAAAUUUUAGUUUGAAAUUUGGUUUGAUACGGGCCAUAUUUAGUUAAAGGGAUGUUACGGUGCACUUUAACAGCAACUGCCUUUAGUAUUACAAAUUAUAUAAUAAAUAUAUAUAUAUUGUAUCUAACACUAUUGUGUUACGACAUGUAAGUAAUUAGUGGAAAGCAGUCAGCGGUACAGGCGUUGGUUCCACUUUCAAUUUAAAUCGGAGCUAAAAACUUACCUUUACUCACAAUUUGUCGCCUAAAUAUUGACAAGUUGCUCACGUAUAUUCCUGAAAAGUAAAUUGCUUUUGCUAAAAACACUUAGUGAUGUAAUGCCAAAGCCGUUUGCAUGAAUUUGUAAUAUAUCAUUCUUUGACUUGAGAAGUCUUACUAGAAAAACUGUCGCACUCCCGUGACUCAAUAUUCAUUAUUGGGUGUUAGUGUAAGUAUGGAUGACUUAUUCAUAUUUAAAUUUCAACUGUGGCUCUGCUUGUACUUGUAAACCUGCCACCAGUGCUUCAAUAUACUGUGUCAAAUGGUAAAAUUA